ACUGCAAGUCGGUGGCAUCAGUCGGUGUUCUCAUUCAAAUUGUAACGCAACAUAAAGCGAAGGAAAUAAAAAAAAAAUCGAACGCGAAAAUAUCAAAAAACGCACAGAUCAAUACAAAGCGACCGGUGUCUUUGAUAUUCGGAAUUAAGGACACUCACAGGAUUAUAAUCAUACUGCACAGAGAUAGGAGUAAGCCGCAGUAAAAAUGUUUAAAUUGUCUUUUAUUCUCUUCGCACUCGUCGCCUUUACCAGCGCACGUCCUGGCUACCUGCAUGGCCAUUACCCACACAUUGACUACCCAUUGUUGCCACACCAUCAUGAACCGUUACAUUUGACUAAACUGGUGCACAUACCGGCCGCCAUUUCACAUCAGAGCUCAACCGUUAUUCACAGCGCGCCAAUCAUUAAGCCAGUUGUGGUGCCGGUGCUGAAGACCGUCGUGCAUCCGAUUGUCAAAACAUAUCAUCCGGCGCCCAUAAUCAAGGCUUAUCACCCCUUCGCUUUGGAUCCAUACCAUCAUCACUACGAUCAUCAUGACUUUCAUCAUUACCACUAAGCCGUGUAAAUAAUACUAAUGACAACCGAAGUAGCUUCUAUGAAAGGUGAUGAAGAUGACUGAGAUGACGAUGAAUAUAUGACGUCUAAAAUUUGCUGGAAAUCGCACACAAUUGUAACAUAUUUGGAGAGGCUAGUAAAUUUCUAGUAACAAUUAAUAAAAUUUUUAAGGGCCGUUAUUCUUUUUUAUUUAAUAUGCGUCUAUUUUAUAACAUAAUCACUAAUAUUCAAUGUCACAUGACCACUUUUGAUGAUUUCUAUCAUAUUUUAUGAAAUAACAAUAUCCUGUACAAAGAGCACAAAUCCGUGAGGAGGGGAGAAGAUGAUGUUCGUUAUAAAUAAAUAGCUUAAUUGUUAAUUAAAA